AUGGUCCAUCUUCCACCUCCAACUCCGACUCAGCAAGGGAGAGGCAACCUCCCUCUCCACCGGCACGGGCCAGAACCGCCCGCCGAGGCUGUCGCCAACUCAGGCAGACUGCCCUCAGCAGCAACUCCUGCCACCAGCCAGAUCCGGGCCUGCAAGCCCAGAUUGGACCCGCAGAAACCCAGAUCGGGCCCGCGCCCACUCCUCCGGCCUCCCCGCCGGUCGCCACCGGGGCAGCCGCCGCGCGUCGCACCGUCGGGCGGCCGGCCUCUGCUCGCCUCGGACUCCUCUCGGCCGAGCCUCCCCGCCGCCGCCACGACCACCUUGGGAUCGCGCCGCCGCCUCCGGCUCGCGCCGACGCUCCAUGCCCGCGCCCACUCCUCCGGCCUCCCUGCCGGACGCCACCGGGGGCAGCCGAGCGCGCCCUCACCGUCGGGCGGCUGGCCUCGCUCGCUCGGACUCCUCCCGGCCGAGCCUCCCCGCCGCCGCCAUGACCUCCUUGGGCUCGCGCCGCCGCCACCAGCCUCGCGCCGACGCUCCAUGCCGCAGCUUGUUGCCCACCUCGCUGAGAAACUCCUCCUCCGCACCUCCACGCCCCGGCCGUGCGCCGCCGGCGCCGCCGGGACGCGCCGCCGGACACACCCACCACCAGCGCCGCCGGGUGACGUCCCGCCUCCGCGCGUAGGGGAUCCGUCGGGCGCGCAGCUCUCGCCCGCCGCCUUCGACGGCCGGGCACGGCCGCCACCGCCAGCUCCGGCGGCGGCAGCGGCCAGGGGAGGGGGGAAAUUUGGGUGGUUCCCUACCUAG